UACCUGAUAGAUACAAUAUGUCUGGACGUGGUAAGGGAGGAAAAGGACUCGGAAAGGGAGGCGCCAAGCGUCACCGAAAGGUUCUGCGUGAUAACAUCCAGGGUAUCACGAAGCCCGCAAUCCGCCGUCUCGCUCGUCGUGGUGGUGUGAAACGCAUCUCUGGCCUCAUCUACGAGGAGACCCGUGGUGUCCUCAAGGUGUUCCUUGAGAACGUCAUCCGCGAUGCCGUGACAUACACUGAGCACGCCAAGAGGAAGACCGUCACUGCCAUGGACGUCGUCUAUGCCCUCAAGAGACAAGGCAGGACUCUGUACGGAUUCGGCGGUUAAUCGAGCCUUCUACAGAAGCUCAAAAACGGCCCUUUUUAGGGCCACACA